GUUCUUUUGCUUUAUUUCUUUACCGUUGACUGUCUCGAGUACAAAUUCUUCUUCAUCUUCUAAACUCUCCACUGCUUUUUAACUUUAAUUUUCCCAAUUUUAUUGUUUUAUUUGAAUUUACUUUCACUUUAGACACACAAUCCACCAAGAUAAAUAGCUAGCCAUAUAAGUUUUUGUUAUACAAAACACUCAGAAAAUCAAUCAAGACAUAAAGAUACAAAAUGAGUGAGCUUCUCUACUCUCUCCCCACUUGGGAUCUCCAUAAUCUUGGAUCACUCUUCAAGCCUGACUUCAAUCUUGAUAUUGCAUGUGGAUUCAUGAAUGAAUCGUCGGAACAGAUUUACCGGUCACCGGAUAUGGAUUAUACCGACGUCUCCACAGGUUACCUCGAAGACGCAUUAAUCGAGUCAUGUGAGAGAAGCAAAAGAAGACGUCUCUUGUUCGACGAUCCGGCAAAAUCUCUUAACGAUAGCUACUCUCAGAACGAUUGGGGCCUGCAUGAGAGUUAUAGCUGUUUGAAUAGUCAGUUUGUCACUCCACAUGUUAACACAGACGAACGUAAGAGUGGAAUAAGUAGUAGCUUUGAGGAGGCGAUAUCGACCAUUUACGGGUCUCCCGACACUCCUGUUUCUUCCGACAAUAUCUAUGUUCCAGAAAGAUCUCCAACCGAACCAUCUUCGUCUAAUUGUGGUAAUAAGAACAAAAGACUAAUCACGAGAGUGGUCUAUCCAUUUGGAUUGGUGAAACCAGGUGGUGGAGACGAAGAUGUAACCCUAAAUGACAUAAAUAAGAGGAUUCUUAUGCCACCGGCUCGGCCUGUUCGACAUCCUGUAGGAGACUUUGCCUCUCGAUCGUGCAUCUCGACCAGUGGGCCAGGCCUCUCCGGCAAAUCCGUGAUGGCUUUGACUAGGAUCCAAACACAAGGGAGGGGUACAAUUACCAUAAUCCGAACUAAGGGGUAAAUUAUGUAAUAUUGAUAAUUAUUAGCAAAGGGUUCAAUAUGUGUAAUAAUAUAAUCGAGGAAGUUUUAGAAAGCCAAAGUCAUCAUUGGCGAUGAGAGAAACUUUCAACUUUUGAAAAUUGUUGUACAAUAUUCAAAAGCUUACCUUUUACAUCAACAUUCUAAAAUACAUAAUUUACAAUUCAUAGAACAUAUUAUUUUGUUUCUU